AUGGAUUGGCGGAUCAGACUGAGAAUAGUAGACGCUGUAAACAACGACUUGCCAUUGAGGAACCAUCUGGGUCUUGAUGGAACGGUGUCGUUUGAAAGCCAUACGAAUCUCGGUCUGACAGAUGAUUCUCUCUCCGAAUCUAUGGAACAAGUGUCCAUUGGCUCAAUACCACGCGACCGAACUACUCAGCGUAGAAAGGCGCGAGGUAAGGGCAAUCGAGCGGAUCAGUUCUGUAUCUACCAGACCUCAGAUGAUCGACGUAUUCCUGCUGUCGCGAUCGAGUAUAAGGCUCCACACAAGCUGAGACGCAGUGACAUCGUCACAGGACUGGUCUCGAAGAUCCAUCCGGAUCGUGAUGUCAUUAAUCGGGAGGGGGAAGGAUUUACAUUCGCUGCAAGGCGACUCACUACGGCCGUAGUGACUCAACUCUUCUCUUAUAUGAUAGGAAAAGGCAUUCAGUACGCUUAUGUAUGCACUGGAGAGGCUUAUGUCUUUCUCCAUAUUCCGGACGACCCUUCCUGUGUUUACUAUUAUGUUUGCGUGCCAAGUCUAGACGUUGAGGACGACGACGAGAAUCGACUUCAUCGUACCGCUGUUGCGCAAGCCUUUGCCUUUGCACUUCAGGCUAUUAGGUCGCCACCGCCCAGUCAAGCCUGGCAUGACGCUGCCGAACAUCUUGAUGUAUGGUCGGUGGAGUAUGAGGACGCAUUGCGGAGCAUUCCGGCCACGGAUCGGAAACCGAAGCGCGAAACGCCUUACAAGCCGCAACGCUGGAAAGGCUUUGUGCGCUCCCCAAUCCAGACACGCUCCCGAUGCUUGCCGCCCAGGAUCUGA